UCAUGGUAUUAUGUGGUAUAUGCUGCACCUUGCCCACUUUGUAGUGGGACUUUCAUUAUUGGUUAUCGUGAUUCUAUCGAUGUGUAUGAUUUGUCUUGAGAACAUGCGCAUAGGUUUCAGAAGUUCAGUGGGAAUUUUCGGCACGCUGUUCGCGUUUGUUAUUUUUUCCGGUGCAUUUUUCCACAUGAUAUAUGGUUAUAUCACUAGUUCAAAAAUAUUUUUAACUGCAAGUGCGACUAUGUUCUUUGUGGAUAUUAUUUGUAUUGGAGUGGGUUGCACAGCGUUUGACUACACGAGUUAUUGGAUGUACGCAAUUGUGGUGGUUCCUGGUCUAGCCAUUUACUAUCCAAUAUAUUUAGGUUUACCCAGAUUGCUUAGCGAAUUCUUUUUUCCUAUAGAUGAAAGAUUGGAUCCUAAUGAUUUCACGUGGACGACUAUACUCAUCGUGAUUUUACUGCCGGUCACUGUCGCUGAAUUGCAUAUUUUACUCGAUGAGGAUGCAAUUGAAUUAGCUGAGGACGACUAUAUGUUCGGAGGAUACCUACUAUUGAUAUGCCUUAUUGACUUUCCUAUAAGAUUUUUGCGGAAGAAGGGCUUUCUAGGUGAAAAAGAAGAACGAGAUGAUGAAGAGUAGAUAAAAUAUUUUUCAUAGAGAGCUGCAUUAAGUUGAUUUUUUAGGCGACGAGAAAAAUGUAACUUGAUGCUGUGACAAUAAAGUUUACAGUUGAAAAUAUUCUUUAAACAAAAAUAAAACCAGCCAAGUGCGAAUCGGACUCGCGCACGAAGGGUUCCGUACCGAUUUAAUUUCACCCUUUACCCACCUUCUUUUGUCCACCAUAUCUUUAACAUAAGCCACCGAUGGGUUCUUUGGUUAUCCCC